CAGUCAGUUGGCAGACGAGCUCAUGGCCUGCUCUGGAUUGUAAUAUGAACAAGCAGCAAGCAGCGCUGUCGCUCGCUCGCAACGAGACUGGCUCUUGAAUUCCCAGGGACUUGCCACAGACAUGCCACUUUGACCCAACCAGGAAUAAACGCAGCUCAUCGCCAUGACUUCGCGGUCUUCCUUUCUUCCGCGGCUGUCGCUAGGCGGCAAGGGCAGUCCUAUACUGCCGACUCAUCACCAGCGAACCAGAUCAGACGACCACGACUACGACUACGACCUCUCCGAGCUGUCUCCACGCCCGUCCUCCCCCCUGCUAUCACCAGAUCACGUACGCGACUUUGGUUUCCAUGACUCCGCCGCAUACCACGACAACAGUAAGGACAAGGGCAAUGGCAAAGGCAAGGCCAAGGCAGCUGCUUACGCCGAGCCAGGAGAGCAGUUCCCUCCCAUAAGUGUUGUGGAUCGCAUGCGAACACACCGCCAAGACCAAGCAGCAUCACGAGAAAGAGAACGUCGGGUCAGAGAGGACGAGAGGGAACGGAACGGCCCAAGAUGGAUCCCGCCAGCUUCCACAGAUUACCGCGACCAUGACGCCAGAACACAGGGCUACCCUGCGAACACCAGGUCGACACAGAACCAAGGUAGAAACCUGGGUACAAGUUUCAUGGGCUUCCUGAGUUCCGCCCCUUCCAGUACAGAGCAGGGCCCGACCAACGAGGUCGACAAUACCUUCCGAACCAUACAACGGCGCGAGCGGCAGAUCCAGAAAGAGCUACAGAAAUUACUAGAUGCGCAGGCACGUGCUCUCGAUCAGGGAGCGGCCUCGGACGGCACGAGUCAGGCUGGAAGCGAUACACCACGGCAUACAUCGCGCGCCUCUUCAUCUCCCUAUCGCUCGCGAAGCGUAAGCUCCCACGGCGACCCCGUGGCCCCGGCUGUCGUGCCCGUUCGCCAACCCAAGCCACGACCUUUGACAAUCCGACAAGUUCGUACCUCCAUCGCCCGCUCCAUGGCCAUGCUAUCUGAUCUGAAAGAGGAGGAAGACGCCUGUAUCGUUUCUGCCAUUUCAGCUCGGACGACGGCCCUUGCAAAGGCAAACAAGCUGUCUCGCCAGCACAAGGCGAUCGCCGCCGACCUACGUACACUCGAGAUGGACGAUCCUUUGCGGAAAGAACUCGAGGGCAUGAAUGGCGAGUACGGCAAGGUCUGUGCCGACAUUGACGAGUUCGAGGGCAAGCUAAGACAGAUGAAGCACCGCAAACGUGUACUGGAAGCACGUAUGGAGGAGGUCAAGAGCGAGCGCGAGAGCGGGCUCAGCGGCUACAAGGGUGCUCUUCGAGAAACCGAAAGAGACAUUGGCGAGAUGAUGAGGAUACCAGGCGUGAAAGUGCUUUCGAUUGAAGAUACCGCCAAGGGCCCACAACCGGAAGUCCAGGAGGACAACGCCGACGACAAAGUGAUAGACCGCGCUCUCAGCGGCCACGAAUUCAUGCGCAUGCGACCGGAACGACGCACUCUAGCCAUGGCCAAGGAGUGGUGGGAAGGCGAAAUGGCCCUUCUUUCACGCCGCAAGGACGAUGUGGAUAAAGAGCGGGACGCGCUGUCUGAAGGAUCUGAGGUUUGGGCCCAGACAGUGCAGCUCAUCAAUGAUUAUGAAAGAAGGCUCGGCGCCGCGCUGAGUAACUCUAUGCAAGCACCACCAAAGGAGCGCCAAAAGUCCGAAGCAGACCUCUUCCAAGCACAAUACCGAGAUCUGCAGCAGACAAUCAAGGAGAUAGAGAAGAAUCUGCACCAUGUCGAGGAGAAGGGCUGGAAUCUGUUGGUGGCUGCUAUCGGUGCCGAGCUGGAAGGAUUCAUGGAGGGCGAGAACAUAUUAGCUGACCUGAUGAGAUCUAAGGGUUACGAGGUCCUGGCCGAUAGCGGGCUUCUGGGGCUCGAUGACGAACAAAGUGUCAACAACAGAGACGAGAUUGACACCAAGAACGAUGCUAUUGUUGUUCGGCGCUGGGGAGGUCACUCCGAGCUGAGGACUCCACCGGUAUCUCAAGAGGAGCAUCGCGAGGAAGCAGAUACUUCCAGAAUAAACGAGCCUCCUUCAGAUCUCCUGCAGAACCACGGCGAUCAUAGAGACGAGAGUGACAACGAAGUACCCGCCGAUCUGCUCGUCAGUCAGGUGCAUAGGGAAGAGAGCGAGGACGAGCAUGCUAAUGAAGUGCCGGCCGAAUUCUUGUCCACACACGACGGGCUUCCAGAAGUGAAGGCAAAGCAGCAUGGCAUAGAAGAGGAGGAGGAGGAUAACGAAAUCCCGAGAGAUUUGCUUGGCCGAGUAGAGGUCGGGACCAGGGACGAUGGCGUUGAGUAGGGACAUGCAGGACUUCCGAGCUUUGAGUACGGUGAAUAUGAAUCAGGUGCAUCAUUGUGUUUCCUUUGAAAUGAGCGAUACUACCCGCUUCGAUUAUGAGAACAA